AUGUUGUCUUCUGCAUCCGAUCUGCUUGUUAUUGGCAGCCUCAUCGAGGCCGCUGUUGUGGGAGCAAGCCCCAUCUUUGCUCGGGAUGGUCCCUCGCCGUUGCUGCCAUAUGAUAGCAACGCCUCUCAAUACUGCACUGGGUGGGUUGAUGUAACGUCGGACAUCUCAUGUCCCACGCUACUCGACGACAACUACAUCACUCUUGAGGAGUUCCGCCGCUGGAACCCGUCCAUCACAGCUGACUGUGGAAACCUGGUUGUUGGGAAAUCCUACUGCGUGGAGGCUUACAACGAGCCUGCCCCGGCCCCCCUCACAACCACGACGACCACGACUUCAUCCUCAACCACGGCCGUGACUACCACCUCCACCACUACAACCCUCAAAACCAGCACCACCACCACCACGCAGCCCCCAACCACCACCAUUCCCUCCAACGGAAUCACGACGCCCUCUCCGGCCCAGCCCUUCAUCGUCUCCAACUGCGACAAGUUCUACCUGGUCAAGGCCGGCGACACGUGCGACGCCAUCACCCAGUCCCACGGCAUCACGCUCGCCCAAUUCCUAGCAUGGAACCCGAGCGCGGGCUCGGCAUGCACCGGUCUGUGGGCCAACGCCUAUGCCUGCGUGUCCAUCAUCGGCCAUGAGCCUACUAUCAUCACCACCAUUGCCACCACUACUACGACCGCUGGAAACGGCAUCGCCACCCCGACCCCGAUCCAGCCCAACAUGGUGGCCAACUGCGACAGCUUCUACAAGGUCAACUCGGGCGACACGUGCGACGUGAUCGCGGCCAAGAGCGGCAUCUCGAGUGCGCAGAUCAUCUCGUGGAACCCGUCGGUUGGGAGCGGGUGCACCAGUUUGUGGCUCGAUUACGUGAGUUCAUAUUCUUUUUUUUUCUUUUUUUUUUUCUGGUUUCCUUUCCUUUCCUUUUUUUGUUUGUCGUCACUCUACAUCUGCAUCUCCAUCGUCGGCCACACCCCCACCACCACCACAACCACCAAGGCGGCCACUACAACGACAAAAACCGGCAACGGCAUCGCCACGCCCACGCCCAUCCACUCGGGCCAGACCUGCGAGACCAUCGUGGCCAAGUACAAGAUCACGCUGGCCAACUUUGUGAAGUGGAACCCGGCCGUCGGGGGCACCGCGUGCACGGGGCUUUGGGCGAAUACUUAUGCUUGCGUUGCUGUCCUUUGA